AUGGACUUGGAGGGAUCUGGAAUCUCAAAGACAGAGGAUGACCAAGAGACAACUCAGCCAGAAGGAUUACGUGUGGAGGUAGUAGUUGAAACCACCAGUAAACCACAGGACCAGUUCGCUGUAGCCACAGAUGAGACAGAAAUCAGAGAGACCGAGAGUAAAUCUGAGGCUCUAAGUGUUGCAUCCUCAACACAGUCCACACAGCUCAGCCAAGAAUCUACAUCAACCCAAAACCCUAUAUCCACUAGCACAGCUGAGACAAUAGAAUCAGCUACUGCUUCAUUGUCCGAGCAAGGAAGUGGAGACUUGACAGAGCCCUCUAUUUCAGAAAGUGAUGCCACAGAAGGUGAGAGUUCAGGUGAUGACACAUCUGCUAUUACAACAGUCCCACUGCAUACUACAUCAUCUUCAACAGACUCAUUGGUUACAAAAUCAGUAAGCACUGAAGUAACUAAUGGAACCAAGGGGGGUGAGCAGACAGAAGAACCAACAGGCACAGAUGGACCUUCAGCUGGCCCUGUCUCAAGUGUGACAGCGUCAGUGGUCACAUUCACUGAUGAGGAGAGCUCUGGCUACCUGACACCUGAAAUGUUUACCAAGGAAUCUACUACAUCAACAUCACUAGGUUUAGAAGCUUUGAUGAUCACAUCUUCCUCCCCAAUCAUCAGCAUUGCCCAAUUCCAAAGCACAACUGUCGGAAAAGUCAUCACACCCACAGAAGAAAUAGAUGAAUCACCCAUAGAAUCUCCCACUGCAGCAGUUGAAACUUUGGAGCCUUCUGUGGACCAAGCAACUGGACUAGCAAGCACAUCAUCACCAUUUGUCACUGCAUUCACUUACGUAGACAUGGGGGUCUCGGGAAUCUCAGCAGCAGAUGACGACCAGGAGACAAGUAAACCUGAAGGGACAGUUGAGGAGGCACCAGUGGAAACCACCACUAAACCACAGUACCAGUUCACUGUAGCAACCGAUGAGAAUGAAAUCAGAGAGACUGAGAGCACAUCUGAGAGUCCAAGGAAUGUUUCUUCAAUAGAGAUCACAGAGUCCCAAGAAUCCACAUCAACCCAAUCUCCUUCCAUGUCAAGCAAAGGUAAACCAACAGAGGCUUCCACAGCCUCCUUCACAGAGCAGGGUAGUGGUGACUUGACAAUAGACUCUAUAGCUGAGGAUGAAUGGAGAGAGCACGAGAGUUCAGGUGAAGACAUCUCAGAUGUGUCCACUAAGCAACCUGCAAGAACGACUGCUCCUCUCCUGUCUAGUCCAGCAACAACAAAGGAGGAAUUUACCACAAUGUCUGUCAGUGGUGACGCCACCCUUGAAACAGCUGUUGAGGUUGAUGCUACUCUAUCAAUCGGCACAACUGCAGAGGUACCUACGUUUAUUUCUAGCGCAGUUCAGACACCGGAAAGUGAGGUGAUAGAAAAAGAUGCAAGCAGCACAGAGAAACCAUCAGUUGCUUUAAUUUCAAAUGUAACACUCACAGGCGAUAAAAGCUCAGGUGACCAGACCCCUGAUAUGUUUACCAAAGAGUCUGUUACUACAACAGUUUCUUCUGAAUACAGCACAGUCAAAGCAGAACAAAUGAUGUCCACGACUAAAGUUUCUUCUCUGUUUAGCACUGAGAAGCUAAAACAAAUAGUGACCAGAGAACCUCAUGAAACUGCAACAGCUGAGACUGCAAGACAUGCUACAAAUACAACUUAUUCUCUGUAUAGCACUGAGAAACCUACUACAGUGCAACAGGACACUGCAACAAAAGACAGUGAAAAGACUGCUAGAAUUUCAGCAACUUCUCUGUUUAGCACUGAGAAACCAAGUAAUAUAACAACUUCAGUAUCAAAGGAAAUUGCAACAGUGGAGUCGAUAAUGACUGCUGCUGCUUAUACAUUUUCUUCUCUACAUAGUACAGAGAAAAUUGCUAAUUUUGAGACUACCAUCGUAGAGGAGGAGAGCUCAGGAGAUCCAGUGUAUAGUACAGUCAGACCAGAACAGCCAGGGGCACCAUCAAGUUCUGAAACGCCAUCAGUUGUUCCUUUUAUUGAUGAAACAGAGACAAGCACCGCCCCCACUUCAGAAGGGGAUAGAAGGUCAAGUGGUUCAACACCUGAGAUGUUCACUAAGGAGUCAUUUGCAACAACUGCAUCCACAUCAGAGUAUGUUAGUGCUUUCACUACAACAAGACCAACUGUGACCUCAAUUUCAAUCUGGACCCUUACAGAGGACGAUGGUUCUGGUGACCAGACCCCUGAUAUGUUUACCAAGGUAUCUACUAUUGCAACAUCUCUGGAUGUCACCUCACAGACAACAAUUGCAAUUGCCCAGCCUUCAGUCACUGCCAUUGUCGAGAAAACAACAGGUUUGAUUUAUACCCUCAGAGAUGAGGGAUCAGGGGACACAGCUGAAAUUAUUCCCCAAGAAUCAUCUACGACUUCCAUUGUUACCCUGAUAGAUCAGACACGGGAACCAAUGGAGACAUCAGCUGCAAUGAUCGGAACAUCACAGGAAGCACUCACUGAUAUAACAGAUUCUGGACAGACUAGAGAAAAAGGAACAACAUCAGUUGUUCCUAUUUUUGAUGAAACAGAGAAAAGCACCAUCCUUACUUCAGAAGAGGAUACAAGUUCAGCUGGAGCAACAACUGAGAUGCUCACCAAGGACUCUGUUGCAACAACUGCAUCCACAUCAGAGUCAGUUAGUGCUUUCACCUCAUCAAGUCCAAAAGAGACCACAAGUUCAAUCUUGACCCUUACAGAGGAGGAUGGUUCUGGUGACCAGACCUCUGAUACAUUUACCAAUGCACCACUCUCAACGAUUGAGUUUAUCAGUAGUUAUACCACUGUUCAUACAUCUACUGGACAGGUGAUGGAACAAACCGGGGCAUCAACACAUUCUACCCACAGCACCUCUUCACCCAUGGACUUGGAGGGAUCUGGAAUCUCAAAGACAGAGGAUGACCAAGAGACAACUCAGGCAGAGGGUUCAGGUGAGGAGGUAGUAGUUGAGACCGCCACUCAACCACAUAACCUAUUCACGGUAGCCACAGAUGAGACCGAAAUCAGAGAGACUGAAAGCACAUCUUGGACUCCAAAUGUUGAUGCUUCAAAAGAGAUCACACAGUCACAGGCAUCCACAUCAACCCAAUCUCCUUCCAUGUUAAUAACAGGUAAACCAUCAGAGGCUUCCACAGUCUCUUUCACAGAGAAUGGUAGUGGUGACUUGACAAUUGACUCUACAGUUGAGAAUGAUGGUACAGAGGAUGAGAGUUCAGGUGACGACAAUUUAGACGUGUCCACUAAGCAACCUGCAAGCACAACUGCUCCUCUACUGUCUAGUCCAGCAACAACAAUGGAGGAAUUUACCACAUUGUCUGUCAGCAGUGUCACCAGCCUAGAAACAGCUGUUGAGGUUGAUGAAACCCUAUCAUCUGGCACAACUGCAGAGGUACCUACGUUUAUUUCUUUCACAGCUCAGACCCCGGAAAGUGAGGUGACAGAAAGAAAAACAACCAGUACAAAGAAAUCAUCAGUUGCCUUAAUUUCAGAUGAAAGCUCGGGUGACCAGACCUCUGAUAUGUUUACCAAGGAAACAGCCCAAACAGAAUCCAUUGUGUCAAGCACACCAGGCCCAGAUGGUGAGGGUCAUGUCAGCCCAGAUACUGAAACCCCCAUCAGUCCAGAUGCUACACAGCCCCCUGCUACUGUGAAUGAUCACACAACUAUGAGUGACCGUACAACACACCGAUUCCAUAUAACCGAAAGAGACCACACAACUGUCAGAGACCAUACAACAGUGCCUUUUAGAUCACAGUCAUCCACAUUCACUGCUCUCCCCUCUAUUAUGUACCAGGGUGUUACUGACCAGCAGUUCAUGAUAGUCACCUCAACAAGCAGCCAAACCAAAACUGACCAGACCCCCACCAUGGUGGUGCACGGUACGAAACCAUCAACAAGCACAGUUAUCAUAUUUACAGAGGAGGCCGGAGAUGAGGACACACUGUUCUCCACUGUUACAGAGAGCAUGACCACAACCCCUGAGAUUAUCACUAAAGAUGAAACCAUAAUUGACGCUGAUACUGUGGAAAUGGUUGAACUCUCCUCACCUCUCUACCCCACCAUCUUUACAGAGGAAGCAUGGGGAGUCACAGCCAUUACCAUGACACCACAGUCCUCAAUUACAAUGACAAAAGAACCUGAAGGGUCUGGGACAGAUGACUGUUUGUCUUCCACAAUUGACUCACUGAGUCUGGCCACAACACAAAUCCCAUCAGUCACCUCUGUAGAUAUAUCUGCAGAGGCAAGUGCUAAGACAACAAGGUCUGCAAAAGUUAAACAUUCAGAGACUGUGAGAACGACCACCUCGUCAUCUGUAGAGGAUAUUUUUAGUGAGGCGUCUACUUCAGUGUUUGUGUCCUCUGUAACUCAAACCACCCAAACCAGAGCUCUAACCACGGAGUCCAGCUCUCAGACGGCAUUCACCACACCAACUGUGUUUAUUGAUGAGUUCUCCGGAUAUGGUGUCACUGGUGAGGAGUCUGAUACCGAGCCUACUCCUUCCACCCCUGUAUCAUCCCAAGCAUCAACUCUCCCCAUAGAUACAAGCUCACAGACCACAGUUAGCAGUGAGGAAUUCCGGACAGAUGCAAUUGAAUUAUCCACCACCCCUUCUCCUAUUACUGUUAAAGCUAGAGUAGAAGACACAUCUGAUGAGCAUUCUGAAGUGGAGGCCACAACAACUUCAUCUAGUUCCACCCAAGCCACCAAGGUGUCUGACACUCCUACACAACAUACGCCAGUGUCCACUGAAGAAGGCAAAGAGACUGUGAAACCAACCAGCCCAUUGCCUGUUGAUGAGUCUUCAGGAGAAGAUGACUCUGAAGGCUCUGGAUCUGAGACCUUCACCUCUGUAGUGGAGACCUCCCAAACCACAAUCCCCACCUCAACAGCUGCUAAGGAGGGUGAUGCGACAGAGAUUAACAUUCUAGUACCUUCAUCUUUAGAGGAGGGCAUCUCUGGGGAUGACAUGAAGACUUCAAAUCCCAAACCCUCUGAAGCCACUUCCUCCCUGUAUAGCAAAGAUAAACCAUCAGUUGCUUCCAUUUUGGAUUUAACCUCCACAGAUGAAGAAAGCUUUGGUGACCCAACCCCGAAAACGUUUACCAAAGAGUCUGUUACUGUACGUUUACAAAUGACAUCCACAACUACGGUUUAUUCUCUGUUCAACACUGAGAAACCUUCACUUUCUUCCAUUUCGGAUAUAACCUACACAGACGAAGAGAGCUCUGGUGACCAUACCCCUGAUAAUUUUAGUAAAGCGUCUAAAACAACCACAGUUUCUCCAGUUGACAGCACUGUCAAAAUGGAGCAGGUAACAGCCACAACAAUGUCACCUGAAAAAGCAACAGCAGAGAUUGAAAAGACUACAACUACUACAGGGUUGUCUCUGUUUAGGACUGAGAAAACAGAGAAAGCUUCCUCCCAGGCAAGUUUGUAUGUCCAUUCCACUGUUGCGCCAUCUCUAAUGCUCGAUGUGGUGGACCAGUUUGUCACAGAUUUUGUCCCCGAGGUGGACGUGACAAAACCUGAAGAAUCUUUCCAACAGGCUAGGUCUGAGAUUGCAUUUACCCAACAUGCAUUUACCCAUACCUCUGCUAUGUCAGUCACUACAACAGCUUCUUCUGUACACAGCACUGUCAAAGCAGAACAAGUGACAACCACAGUAAGGCCACAUGUGAUGUCACCAGAAGAGACAGCAGCCAUUGAUCCGACAGAAACACCAACAGACUCAGAGGAGUUAGUAACUCCUGGUGUUGAUGACAUAGAAACAGGUUCUACAGAUGAAGAGAGUUCUGGAGAUGAGACAAGUCCGAUGACCACCCAGGAGUCUCCUGUAACAGAAGCUCAUUUACACAGUAGCACAGCCAAGCCAUUGCAGACAUCAACAUCAGCUGUCUAUGAAUCCGUGGCUGACCUUACCUCUCCUGAAACAACUGCUGAUAGUGAAGAAACCAAACAGACAGACCUAACUAACACAGGACAGCCAUCAGAUAUUGCCAGUUCAUUGAAAAGCACAGUGAUCUCAGUCCUACCUGAUAAAGAUAAGGAGAGCUCAGGUGACCAAACCCUUGACAUUUUUACCAAAGACUUACCAACUACUACAGUUUCCUCUCUGUUUAGCACAGAGGAACCUACAACAACAUCACAGGAAACUGUAACAGAGGAGAGUGAAGUCACUGAGCAAACUGAGAGACCAUCAGGCUCUGGAAAACCAUCAGCUACCAUCUCUGUCUUACCUUCCACAGAUGACCAGAGCUCAGGUCACCAGACAAGUGAGGGUUUCACUACAGACGCUUCUUCAACAGAAGAUCCUCUCUUGGCUAGCACAGUGCAGGCAAUUGCCUCUGUCUAUUCCACUGAGGCAGCAUCAGAGUCUGACGUGGUGGUCCAGUUUGUCACAACAUUUGUCCCCAAACCAGACAAGACAACACCAGAGGAAUCGUUUGAACAGGCCAGGUCGGAGAUAACAUUUACUCAUCGUCCUCAUACUGAUCUCUCUUCUGAGGAAACAGCAUUGCCUACAACCAGUCCCAUGCUGCCUAAGGAAGAUUCAAGCCAGUCUUUAGAAACUAUAACUGCAACUGCACAGAGCUCAGAAUCAACUUUGGUCUCUACUGCUUCUCCAGUGAAGACUGAUGCUGUUUUACCCACACCAGAGGCAGAGGAACAAGUUGAAGCUUCAAGCCAGUUACCUAAAACAGAGGAGGCAGAGGGCAGCUCCGAACAAGAGGCUGUGGUUGAAGAUACAAGCGUUCCUAUCAUUGUUUCUCCUCUAACUGAGAAGGUAUUAGAAACUAAAGUGAACAGCACACCAUCUGCAAUGACAUACAUUGAUGAAAUGGUGGACUAUGAAAGUACCUCAGAGCCAGUACAGGUUAAAUCUAUACCUUCCGUCGUUAUAACCACCACAAAGCCUGAGGUGGAAGCAACAGCGCUCAGAACUGUCCCAACACAGAAUGUCCCAACACAAACUGUCCCAACACAGAAUAUUCAGAGUGUGUCAUCGUGUUCAGAGAGCAGUUCAGAGAGCAGAUCAGAUGAACUGUCCAGCCCAUCUGUGACUCAAUCAGUAUUAGCCUCCUACAGCUCAGAAAGCAGUUUGGAGGAAAAGUUGACAAUUGCUUCAACCUUGAAGCCAGAGAAUGACACAACAGAGGAGACCACCCCAUCCCUCUUUGUGACUCAGACAGAACUGACAGCCGCCGUCACUGGUUCACCCUCUCUCACAACUUCUAGUGUUGAAAUUAAGUCAGCCGGUUCUGAGAGCAGUCCAGAAGAAAAUACAGUUUCUGAGAAGACAGAGAUUGACACUGUGGAGGAAACCACCCAAUCGGUGGCACAGAUUCAGACCGGGGUUUUGCCAGGUGUCACCAGUCCACCAUCUCGCCAGUCUCCAGCCGACCCCGGAGCGGAGUCCCUUAGUGUCGUAAGCUCCUCUGAGAAACAUGAAGCACAGGGUAAAAUUGAGGAAGUUGUUACUACUACCACGGAGAUGCCAACGAGGGAAAAGCCAGAGUACACAACUGAAUCGCCAGCAGGAACACAGAACCAGCCAGAAUCAGUUGCUACAAUCCACAGUAUUCCUUCAUCUGUUUCUGCGGAGGAGGAAACCGUGGACUAUGAUAAUGUAUCAGGACCUACGUUAGUCGAGGGUGAACCCCCCAUCAAGGGAGUAGAAACUACCACUUCAGCUGAGACCAGACUGGAUUUGGGGCACACGAUCGUUGGCGAGACAAUUGAAAUUGCAGGCAUCCACUCCUGCACUGAGAACAUUUGUCUGAAUGGAGGCUCUUGCUACAGACGCGGAAGUCUCCCCUCUUGCAGCUGUGCCCCUGGCUACAGUGGAGAUCGUUGUGAAACAGACAUUGAUGAAUGUCAGUCCAACCCCUGUCACAACGGAGCUACAUGCAUUGACGGCCUGAAUUCCUUCACCUGUGUUUGCCUCUCAAGCUACGCUGGACUCUAUUGUGAAGAAGACACUGAGACGUGUGACUAUGGCUGGCACAAGUUCCAGGGCCACUGCUACAAGUACAUCCCCCAGAGGAGGAACUGGGACACAGCGGAGAGAGAGUGCCGGGUACAGGGGGCACACCUGGCCAGCAUCCUCUCCCAUGAUGAGCAGCAGUUUGUCAACCGCCUUGGACAGGACUACCAGUGGAUCGGCCUGAAUGAUAAGAUGUACGAGAAUGACUUCCGCUGGACCGACAGCACGCCCAUGCAAUAUGAGAACUGGCGUCCCAACCAGCCAGACAGUUUCUUCUCAUCUGGAGAGGACUGUGUGGUGAUGAUCUGGCACGAGGACGGCCAGUGGAAUGACGUGCCUUGCAACUACCAUCUCACCUUCACCUGCAAGAAAGGCACAGCCAUUCAUUCUCCCAUCAACCCUUGUGUGUUCUUCCCAGUGGCCUGUAACCAGCCCCCUCUGGUACAGAACACUCGUACCUUCGGCAGAAAGAGGUCACGCUAUGAGAUCAACGCACUAGUGAGGUACCAGUGUAGGGACGGUUUCAUCCAGAGGCACGUGCCAACCAUCCGUUGCCGUGAAGACGGCCGAUGGGACAUCCCCAAAAUCGCCUGCAUGAGUCCAUCAAACUUCCAGAGGGCCUUUGCGAGGAGGCAGAGUUACAGCCUGUUCAGUAGCAACAAAUAUAAGCGGCGGUCUGAUGAGGCGGUGGCCCGACAUCAUCCUCACCAUCGAGGAAGGAGAGAGCGGAGAGGCAGAAGACAAGCAGAAGACAAUGAUCACCAUGGUUACGCUAGGUUACGUUUACUCAGCACUAGCAGAGCCUAAACCAUAGGAACGCAGGACUGUUAGUUAUGUGGAUAUAUAUAUAUUUUAUUUUAUAUAUAUCGAAUUAAAACAUUUUAAGAACUUUAAAGAAUGAAAGGACAAAAAGAAGAAACCCAAAGGAUAUUUACAAUUUUUCUUGCAAUUUUGAUGGUGGAAUCUUGGAAUGAUGUGAUUUUAAAGAAUAUUCUUAUAAAGGGACACUAUUUUAUAACAAAGCCAAAGUGGAUACCUUCAGAUGGCUACUGGGAAAGUGUGCUGGAUAUGUACUUUGGACCAAAUAAUGCAUUCAUCCGCAACUAUACGAUUUUCUCCAUUUUAUACAGACAGGAGAGCGUUCAACUCUUACAUUGGGAAAAAGAUACCGGCAAAUUCCAGCUUUUGUGAAAUUAUAGCGCUUAUGUUAUGCAAAAGAAUACAAUUAAUUUACAAAUAGUCUGUGCUACGCAGGCACUGACAAUCAAAUGAAUCCACAGUACACAAUCCAUUUCUCUCUUCUCUACAUUAUUCCGGGAAUGACAUUUCAAAGAAAGAGGUUCUAUACUUGUGUUUAUCUUGUUGUUACACAUGCUUACUGUAUGCAAUUUAUACAGAGUUUUUCAUCCAAUACCACACUUGGGACUAUCUGAUGACACACGCCACUGACCAAUCAGAUUUCAGAUCACAGAAAGAAAAACUGAAACACGGCGAAGGCCCAUCCAAUCAGAAUUUAGAUAGCUGGAGUCCUUUUAUCACUAGCUCUUUGUCAUCAGCUGCAGUCUUCAUCCCGUCUCAUCCAUAGAUAUAUAAAGAAUAUAUGAUGCGAUGAUAGUGGAUUAAUAUUUGUGCACAUCCAUUUAACACUUUUGGUUUCUAUUGUAUGUUGAGAAACUAGAGAGGAGAUUUCUAAGUAUUAUUUGACUGAGGGCCAAAUGAGUGUCUCCUCCUAAGCCGUAAAGGCCUUAUACAUUGAAGUGAAGCCAUCGACCUGUAAAUUAUUUGACUGUGUUGAAUGAAACUAUAGAAGGGAAAGGAGGGUUAUGGAAUGUAUGUUUUCUAGACAAUAUAACCUGGAAUUCCUUGCUACGUUUACAACAAAUGCGAGGUAUUUUAAUGUUACUAAAACAAUGUUAUAAAAAUCCUUUAAAAAAUGAGCUUUGCUUCUGUUCUGCCCGAGGGGGUAACUUUUCUGUUUCCUUACACUGUAGGCGACUCAAGCUCUUCGCUUCCAUGUGCUGUUUUCUUAGGUCAAUGUAAAACUACUAUUGAGAGAAUGUACUUAGUGAAACACUUCGAAAGACUUGAACAAACACCUUUUUUAACAAAAGAUACAAAUAAUUUAUUUUUUCAAGCUGCUCUUCUUGCUACGUAAUUGUUUUGUAAGUGAAAUAUUCUGACGAUGCAAUCACUUGGUCUUACUUGUCUCAAUACUAGAAUGUAUUUACAUGCUUUGUAGGAGACAGCUAACAUCGCAGUAUCUGAGUCAAUGUGAUGAAGAUAUUCCUUUACUACACACUACGCUCGAUAGGCCUUAUAGUAUGACAUUUAGGGGUCAACAAUGGACCAAAGAGUAGGGCUUCAAUCAGCUGAAAUUGCAGUGUUUCUGUCACAAAACACUUUGUACAGAUUUAGUGUUGCACAAUUGAUGAUGGUCAUCCAGCAGUUGUUGUUUGUCUUUUUUUAUUUGUGUUUUAGCAUCAAAGUGCACAUAAUAACAUUUACAGUAUAACUUUUUUUUUACAAUGUGAAAGUCUGGGAUGUUCGAGAAAUACAUUUCUAAAUGAAACAAAACUGUUUUACCUGCUCUCAGUCUCCAAAGAAAUAAAAUAAAAAGUUUGCCAAUUUUA